AGACCUCUAACGCAACCACGGGGGAGAGUGAUCUGCCUUGUAUGCCUUCGAUGCACUCUUCCAUGCAGCAGUUGGGUCCACAUUGAGCUGUGAUCUACGUCAAGGUCGAUGGCGACGGGCCUCCUGCGUGCCGGCAACCUCAGCGCGUGUCUGAGGCAGGAGAAGGCCUCAUGCCCCGCCAUCGAGAACAUCGUGUGAGCACAGCAAAAGCAACAGAGAGAUGCAGCGUCUCAAUGUCAUCUGCCUUCAUUCGCUGUGCUUUUUCAUCGUGGCAGGCUGUAUGAGUUGUCUGGCGGGGUGGUCGCAGCUGCAGAGAAGGCAGACGAGGAGCAAACAAUCAUCGUCGGUGAGAGGGAUCAAGGCAGUCAUCAGUCUGUGCUGUGACCCUUGCAUCCCUUCUCGCUCUGCUGCUGCAGGUGCUGUGUUAGUGAAUGUGUACACCGAGUACAUCGCCUUCUCGGAGCAGUCCAACCAGCCGCUCAACACGGUGCUGCUGAGCACACAGCACAAGACGAUAGCCAUGACGGCCAUCGGCAACCUCAUCCUCUGUGUGGUCGGCACCAAGGACGCACCACCAGGACUUCUGCAAAACAAGGUCUGUCAGGACACACAGACAUACUAGGCAUCAGUGCACCUGUUCCCUGGCUGUCUGUGUGUGUGUGUGUGUGUGUGUGUGUGUGUCAGAUGGAGCUGUUGAGAAACAACCUGACGCCGAUAUUUCGGGCGCUUGGGUAUUGAGGCCUGCCUGUACGUUCCUGUAGAGUGCUCGUGGUUGGUCUUGACCAGGGGUGUGCUGUACAGAAGCUGUAUGAGCCCGAGCGUACUUACUCACCGAUGUGUUCCAAUGCGACAUUUUCACGCAGACACACCAGGGAAAACUCACAUUAAACAUAUCCGAACA